GACUUGUCUCCAACAGUUUUCUACUUCUUCCUUCCCGAAGCAAAUUUCCCUGCUUAGAUAAAGAUGGAUCGUAGCACUACCUAUUUUUCCGUAGUUCUCGCUUCAUUUUUGGCUUUCUGCAGUGCUGAUGGCAAUGGAACAAUACCUGCAAUAAUCUGGCAUGGAAUGGGUGAUUCAUGCUGUAACCCCCUGAGCAUGGGAUCAAUCAAGACAAUGCUGGAAAAUAAAAUUCCUGGUAUUUAUGUACGGUCGUUGAUGAUUGGAGAUUCAGUCAUACAGGACACUGAGAAUGGCUUCUUCAUGAAUGUUAAUGACCAGGUCAAACAGGUUUGCGACAAAGUUGCUAAUGAUCCAAAGCUGAAAAAUGGAUACAAUGCGCUGGGGUUUUCACAAGGAGGACAGUUCUUGCGUGCUGUUGCUCAGAGAUGCCCUAACCCUCCCAUGCUGAAUUUGAUAAGCUUUGGUGGACAGCACCAAGGUGUUUUUGGAUUUCCUCAUUGUCCUGGGGAAAAUUCCACCAUUUGCUCUGUGCUCAGAAAGUUACUUAACUAUGGGGCAUAUAAUUCAUGGAUUCAAAAGAACCUUGUUCAAGCAGAGUACUGGCAUGACCCUCUGAACGAGGAAGAGUACAGAGAGAAGAGUGUGUUCCUGGCUGAUAUAAACCAAGAAAAGGAGAAGAUUCCUCAGUAUAAAGAGAACCUGAUGAAAUUAAAGAACUUUGUGAUGGUCAUGUUUGGCAAAGACACCAUGGUUGAUCCCAAGGAAUCUGAGUGGUUUGGUUUCUAUAAGCCUGGUCAGGGUGUGGAGAAAUAUACUCUGCAAGAGAGUCCAUUGUACCAAGAGGAUUGGCUUGGACUAAAGCAAAUGGACAAAGACAACAAACUCCAUUUUCUAACUGCAGAUGGGGAUCACCUGCAAUUUACUGAAGAGUUUUUUAAUAAACAGAUCAUACCAUUUUUGAAGUAAAUUCACAAGAUGGUUAAAGAAGCUCUACACUCUGUUGUUUGAACAGUUAAUGAUUUUUCAUCAGACAAUCAUAUGACUGUUGACUGUUUAGCCCUUAUUGUUU